CUCAUAUUUUUCUGACAGAGCACUUCCACAUUAUCCAGUCUUAGAAUCUUUUUGUUCUGAAUCCAAUGCAGAGCAGCGCGGCGUCACACGAGGACGCGCUCAACUUUCAUAUGGCACAGAUUGCGGGCUUGCUCGACCAUCUGCGCUCCACAUCAAACCCGACGCCCUCGUCUGCGCCAUCGUCAGCCAAGAGUGGGACUGGGGCUGGGACUGGGGCUGGGGCUGGGACUGGGGCUGGGGCUGGGGCUGGGGCUGGGACUGGCGCCGACGACAGCGGAGGACUCGUCCUUGCGUCACUGCGCUCGAGCUACACAGAGGCCCUCAUGUGCGCCCUGGCCAUCGCCCAGCAACCGAGUGGACGAGAUGAUGCAUUGACCUCGCACGCCGAACAUGGCCGAGCGGGGCAGCAGAGCGCGCGCUCAAAGGCCAAGACCAGUAUUGCUGAAGUCAGUGCCGCAGCCAGCGCAAGCCGGGCACCGCUGCAAGUGGGCUACAGGCGGAGACGACAAGGCGAACCCGAGCGAAACACCACUCAUGACGAAGACGAGGAUGACGAGGACGAGGACGACGACGAGGACGACGAGGACGACGACGACUCGAAUUCGGACGCGAGCGACGGUGAGCCAACCGCUCCGUCAACCACUGUCAGAAAGUCGGGCCAUGGCACAAACCCCAAGCUUGCUGCAGAGACUGCUACGAGACUGGAGCGCCACCUGUGGCAGCGCGGGUACUAUGCACGCAUUGAAUCGCUGCGAUCGUCGCGCUCAAAGCACGCGACUGCAAUCUCGCGCGCCAGCAUCGAGCUGCUGGCUUUGGCGCAGCAAAGGGACCCCAGCCCCCAGGCGACUGCCAGGCAGCAGGAAGUGUAUUCAAGCUACGAAACCGAGCUGCGGAGACUCACGCGGGCCGUUUCAGCGCUGCAGAAAACGCUCAUCGAGGCGCAGGAAGCGUACGCACAGCUGCGCGUGAGGCUGCUUGGCGAGCACCGCCUCGCGACUCCGUCAGACGGGCCCGUGCUUGACACUGACGUGACUCGGCUACGACAUUCCUUGCAUGCACUGUUGGUACAGAUGAUUCACCAGGCACUCGUGCGGCAAGGCGAUUUGGCGCGUUACCAAGUCCAAAAUGACCAGUACCUGGCGAUGAUUUCCGAAUUAACAGAGCAGCAGCGUGGGUCAGAUACUGGCGGCAUGUCUGCGCCCUCGGUUGGCCUCGUACUUGGUGCGCGUCCGUCUCCAGCCGCCGCUCGCGAGCGAAAUUACAAGGCGCCGAUCGUCCCCGCAAUCCCAAAGCUCCGGGUUGCCGAUCAGACUGCCGCCAAAGAGCUGUACGAGCAAGCAUUGCUCUGGAUCCCAGACAGCGGAAACGCAUUCAACCAGAUCGCCAUGUUGCUAGCGCACGAAGACAACCAAUUACCAAUGCUGUUUUAUUACACGCAAAGUCUCGCAUCGGCGUCGCCGUUUGACAAGGCCACGGACAACAUCCGACUCGUCUUUGACAAGAAUCGGGAGGCUACUGCCCGCGCAUUGUUCAAGAGCAGCGCUUUGCAAACAAAACCGGAAACUGCUGACAGUGGUGCUGCACCUACAACUCAGUCACCCAGUCCACUGACGUUGUUCUGGCAACGCUACUUGUUGGUUGUCGAUAUGAUUUCUUCGGGUGCGGAGACGUUUGAUCCCUCCUCGCAUUACCGACCGUCAUCGACGAACAACAGGCAAGCGGCUCCAAUGCCGCGACUCUCGCUUUCAGAUGUGAUACGGGACGCGUUGAGCGCGUUUGAACAGCUUCUCGGGGCAUGCGAUGCAACCACGCUCUUGAGCACAGAUCAAGUAGAUGUCAAUGCACAUCCGAGCGUCUUUUUCAGUACACCGCCUGCAAGCUCGACACCAUCACCCACGGCUGGCGUCGGGAGCACGUGGCUGGCGCAGCUCGUGGCCGUCGCCCUUUUCUUUGUGACACACGCAAUCGAAUGCGAACACUACGCUCAGAGUUCGCCGGAUUCCGCAAAUAUUUCUUCCGCCAUGCACGCCUUGAUCGAGUCCUCUUCUCUCUCACAAGGAUUGGUGCAAGCGCUGACCGCUCGUCGCAAUCGCGAGGGCAAAUCGUCGUCGCUUUCCGAAACUAGCAUGUCGUUUGUGUUUGACCUUAUUGCUGCGCUUGCCAAAAAGUCCUUCCUGACGGCAGGAUUCUCCAAUGCACCGGACCAGCUGUGCGAUAUGGCUGCACUGCCGGCACUCAAGCUGUUCAUGGACUGGUUGCAAACCCGCAGUGAUAUUCUGGCCUUUCCAAGCUUUAAAGCCAAGUGCCAGCAGAGUUUUCUCAUCAUUACUGCAGUGGUCAACGGAUUGUUGGAGCGAUCCGCCAGUCUUCGUUCGUCCAUGGAGCCAUGUCGUGAGAUUGCUGAACGAAUGCUCCUUGAUCAGCCUCCGUCGAAAGGUUGGCAACAAGUGGACGCCAACGUAGAGGAUUGGCUUGUUCGUGGUUGUGCCUUCAUGCAAGCAAAACACGACAAGCUGCGCUUUUUGCCAGAACAUCGACGUGACUUGCUUCUUCAUGGCAAUGUGCUUUCCAAAGUGAUGAGAUUGCACUGUAUCGUGGCUGGCGCGUAUUGGGCAACUUCGACAUAUGUUGGAGAUCGACCGUUGCUGUUCUGCUCUGCUCAGAGCAAUGGGGUCUUGCGCUCAUUUGCUACGGACUUGAAGCGCCUCAAGGCAGUGGCGAACGAUCCACCGCUUGCAACAGCUGUCUCGGGGCCGUCGUCGGGAGCGACGACCACACCGACCGAAACCCGCGUGCAAGCACAAGCGGCAGCUUCGUCCUCUCGAUCGCCAACAAGCAAUUUCGAUGAUGAAGCAGAUGCCGAGGAAGUUAUCGUGUUUCGUCCAUCUUCUCGACCUUCUCCGCAACAACCGCAGCUGCAACCGCAACCGCAACCACAACCGCUGCAGGCACAGCCACAGCGACAACAACCACCACAGCCGCAGCAUCACCAGCAGACCAAUGCCAAUCAGCCUUUUGAGGUGAGGCCGAUUGGAAUGCAAUCCCAAUCAUCAAUGUACGGGGCGACGUCGCUUUCAGCGGGUCUAAUCCAGUCUGUGCUACCUCCGACCACGCAACAGCACCAGCACGUGCCGAAGCACUACGGUUUUGUGCCGGGCGCGACGCCAGCUGCCGCGUUUCCAGAUCUGACCGCCACCGCUUUUGCCCCGUCCAUGUUCUCGUCGCCAAUGUUUGGUGCGUCAACCGGGUCUUCCUCUCUGUUUGCUCGGUCUCCCCAGAGUGUUCCACAGCCUCCAGCUGCCAGCCUUUGGACUCUGCCGUUGAAUGACCCUCAGGCUUUCAGACCAUUUAGUUCGGAUCCUCAAGCACCCCCUCCAGGUUACAUGUCAUAUCCUGUUCGAGGCCAGCCACCGACCUGAUGGGAUUCUGCAAUCGAUACAAGAGGAAUGUGCUUGAUGUUUUGAAGAUUAUGAGAACAUUGGACGAAACCUCGAUAUAAUAUCAACCGACAAAACAGAAAAUCGACAGACCAA